GUAACAGCGUCAGUGGCAACACGGUGCCGAACAAUAUGCAAGACAGAAAGAAAGAUGACACUGCAGCGAACGAAAGAACGAAAAAGAAAAAGCGACGAUCAGCUCCUUUGACAGGCGUUAGUAAGCUACGCAAGGCAGCCAACGCACGUGAAAGAGAACGAGUAAGAGUUUUGAAUAAAGGUAUCGAACUGCUUAAGAGUAUCCUUCCAAUAGAUGAGUCAAUUGUCAAGCCCACAAAGACCGAUAUUAUUUGGAUGGCUGCAAGGUACAUCUACGAGCUGAGGGAAAUGUUGCACGAGAGUUACUCUGGUCGAUCGUCGAGUGGAAGCGAGGAGUUCGAAGAGYUGAGUCCUAUAUCAGUUGGAACUGCACAAGAAUGCAUCAGUGAUUUAUCGGAUCUAGAAUCUCUAAUGAACAUUGAUAUUGACGAGCUUGUGACGUUCGAAAAGGAACACCAAAUAUUCUUCUCUGCGGAUACUUACGAGUUUUAGUAAUAUGUUCACUGUUCAAUGUUCACCUUUUGCCACGGCAGUUUUAGAUUUGUUUGAGGGUCUUACUUACUGAUGAAAGCAGGUCAAGAGGAUUAGACAGGGACCAGUUUACACCGUGAUUGCAUGAACAAGUGACAAACAUCGAGUAUUCUUUCGAAUUGGGUUUCAGUGUUUACCUCAUCGUUUGCCACAGUUUUAGAAUUGUUUGAGAGUCUUAGUUACUGACGAAAGCACGUCGGAGGGAUUAGAGAAACAAUCAGUUACACUGAGAUUGCAUUUAAAAGCAUUUUUCAGGGAGCUAGAAAGGAGCGACAGAAUUUUACCCCUGGGUCAGUUCCCGAGGAUGAAAUUUGGAGUCUAGCUUGUUUUAAAUUAAUCGUUCCUGAUCAAGGAAGAAGGCAAGUAUAUCAGUGAUUGUCAGCUGAGCUGAGAACAUAAAAUGCCAUGAAUAUGAUCCUAACCUGACUGCCCUUGGGUCUUAUCGAUAAUACCCAGCCUAAUACUUCAUAAAUGUUAUCAAUACCUAUCAGAUAGCAUUUCCCGCCAACACAGGGGACCGGCUAAAUAUGAUCUGCAAUCAAUGAUCUCCAGAGGGUAGCAAAAAGGGGUCGACAUCAAUUCAUUGCUGAAGCUUUAGUAUUGAUUUACGAAGAUAGCAAGGCCUUAGAAUAGUAGUCGAACGGUGGUCUCAUCAGUUUUGUUGGUCAAUAAGGCCAGAUCGAAAGUACGAGCCGAUUGCUUAUAAGAUGCACAAACGUUUAGAAUAAGGUACCGAACUUUACCAAGAGAAAAUGAAGUAAAAGAAGGAAUCUCUGGUAUUUAUGCUCGUAACCAUCAUAUAGUCACCGUUUGAAGCUAUUUUUAGAAUUAUAUUUGCCAUCGUUCGUUUUUCUGCGCGCGCUCCACGUUUUUUGCUCACGUUUUUUGAAAAACAAUAAAACAUGAGCCAACCAGGUACAGCGCGCGCAGUGCGCGGUGCAGAAAAACGAACGAUCAAAUGAUGAUUCUAAAAAUAGCAUCAAAGAGUGCUUAUAAUGGGGCGAGGGGAUUCCUUCUCUUAUUCCAUUUUCUGUUGACUUUACUCUUUGCUUUGUGUAAUUUUAAUGUAAUAAAAAUGUAAAGUGAU